AUGGGAGGAAAAUUAACUAAAAUUGACUUAAAGAGCAAGUAUUAUGAUAUUGAAAAGCAACUUACCACAGUCACACUGGAUAUCGACAAACACUUGACUGCUGUUCUCAGAUCCACGGAUAUCAAAGGUUUGAAGCCAGAACACAGAGAAGAGUUUCAAGAAGUGACCACACAGUAUCACCAUGACCUUGACAAGAAGACCAACAACAUUAAGAAGAUUUCAAGAGAAAUAGUUCUAUACAAAAAGAAGAAAACUGAAAAGGAUAUGGUGAAAGAGGAUCAAUUCUUGAAAAUCAAAGAAAAGUGUGAAAAAUUGAUGACCAGUAUAGCAUCCGAGGAAAGUUACUCUGAAGGUCUCAAGAAAAACUGGAAGAUGAUAACUGGAGGUCUAAUUGCUGCUCAUGUUGGUGCUUUGUUGGUUGGUUUGGUUGUGUUGCAUUUGAUACCAAUUGUCAAUAUUGUACUUGGACUUGCAACCUUAAUUGCAGUUUGUUUUGCAGCAAUAGCAGCAAUUGCUAGUGCUGCGGUACUAUUGUUUUUUGGUACCAAGGCAAUGGAUUCACUAAAGAAGGACUUCCAGAACCUAAAUGAUAUAUUGCAUCGUUUGAAUAGUAAUUCAAAUCAAAUUCAUUUUGCACUAGGAAAGAUUAAGGGAUUGGAAGAGAUGCCAGAUUUAAACGAUCUUGAAACAUUUAUUCCAGAUAUCGAACAAGCUUGCAUAAAUUUUGAUCAAGUUGUCAAUGAACAGCUUUCUAACCAAAUUCUAAAUAUUAGAAUCCCUUUCUUUAAUAUUAAAGCUCAGAGAUAA